CAGUAUAACAGCAUCCAAUGUCACAUUUGUUUUCUUACGAAGAAAAAACAAUUUUUACGCUAAGUUGAUACCUGAGAAACAAUUUAGAAAUUAAUAUAAGGAGUUAUCACCCACUGAAGUUGCGUGCUGUCUUGAGCACAUUUUUUUGCAAAGCUAAAGGUACAAGCGAAGUUGAACACCUUGCUACUAAAAACCUGGGCAAAAAAUUCAAUACAAUCACUCACAUAUUUGGAACGAACAAACAUUUCUUACUCUUGUUACAGAACUAUUUUAUCUAUAAAUUUUAAUCUGUACACCCGCCAAAGAUACUCCCGUAUACCGCCUAUCCAAGACAUUACACCAGCUCUCUCCCAAAUUGGCCUGCUUUUUUUGUUUUCCUUCAAAUCUGAUAAAUUGGUAAACAAAAUCAAAACAAUGUCGGAUAUUUUUACAAAUUUCGAUAGCAACGGCGCUUGCGAAGACUCACAGGAUUUCAUAAUGGCAUCGCCUUCUCAAAGUAGUCCUUUAACUAAUGCGAAUUCCAACUCUGUUGGGGUUGGAGCUGCUAACAACACACCAAGUGGCGGUAGUGUCGCCACACCAGCAAACUCUGGAAGCACAGCAACAAAUGGAACAGUUAGUAGUAGUGGUAGCAGUGGAGGAAAAUCAAGUUCGGCAGCGGAAAAUCAACCGAUUUUAACAAAACCACGGCUACUAGAGCUUGUACGCGAAGUCGAUGUUACUGCACAACUCGAUGAAGACGUUGAAGAGCUUUUGUUGCAAAUAGCUGACGACUUUGUUGAAGAUGCAGUGAAGGCGACAUGUGGAUUUGCUAAACAUCGUAAAGUCUCUAAAGUGGAGGUACGUGACGUGCAGCUACAUUUAGAACGCAAAUGGAAUAUGUGGAUACCUGGCUUCGGCACGGACGAGUUGCGGCCAUAUAAGCGCGCAGCAAUAACAGAAGCUCAUAAACAACGUUUAGCACUCAUACGCAAAACAAUUAAGAAGUAUUGAGAAACAGUAUAGAUGUGAUUAACUUCUUCUCAUUUAUUAAAUACAAAAAUGUACAUAGUUUUAAGUUUUUAUGAACUGAUAUUCUGCGUUCAAUUUAUAGUGGGGUAAGAAAUGUGUCUUUUCGAUUCUAAUAAAUUUCUAAGUGAUUUAAAUUC